CCAUCCCCCUUCAUUAUGCAGCACGCAGCUCGGAUUUCUGGUGUUAGGAAGAGGGUUAAAUCGUUAAAUAGUGUGUUGAAGUCCAUACAAAGGCGAAUUGACAAUAUGGACCGGAUGUUGUCAGCUGGAUUAGCUCAUGGUGCAGAAACAACGGGGGGAGAAAGCAGUGAGCAGCAGCAUGCUCAAUAACGAAGUCAUUCAACGGCCAAGAAUGGUGUGGGAUCAGCCUCUCUCCGCCGCCACUCCCAAAUUCUCCACCACCUUCGCCAACCGCAUUUUCUCUGAUGUUGCUGGGGACAUCACAAUCAUUGUUGAUGGAGAAUCCUUCCUACUGCAUAAGUUCCCCCUCGUAGCUCGAAGUGGAAAGAUCCGCAAGCUCGUUGCCGAUGCCAAGAACACGGGCCUGUCGAAGCUCGAACUCACCAACCUCCCCGGAGGCCCCGAGAUGUUUGAACUCGCUGCCAAAUUCUGUUACUGCAUGAAUUUCGUGAUCACCACUGCAAACGUAGCCCCCCUGCGCUGCGCAGCUGAGUACUUGGAGAUGACAGAAGAUUAUCAAGACGAGAACCUCAUCGACCGCACACAAACCUAUCUAACACAAGUUGUGUGCCCAAGUCUUGAAAAAUCAGUGCAAGUUCUAUCUGCCUGUAAGACCCUUCUGCCUCUUGCUGAAGAGAUAGGCAUCACAGAGAGAUGCAUCACUGCCAUUGCCAUGAAUGCUUGCAAGGAGCAGCUGGUUUCGCGUUUAGAUGAUUGCCGUGGAGAUGUUAAGGAGUGGUGGGUGGAAGACCUCUCUGGUUUAGGGAUCAGUUUCUAUCGUAGGGUUGUGAUUGCCAUGGGGCAGAGUGGUGUUAGGGGAGAUAGUAUAGUUGCCUCUUUGAUGCAUUAUGCACAAACAUCGUUGAAGGGGAUAGGGAAGCCACAGAUAUGGAAUCCGGCGAGAGCUACUACUCCUAGCCUUAGUUUGAUUGAGAGUGGACAGAGGGCUAUUGUGGAAACUCUGGUGAGUCUGCUACCUAUGGAGAAGAACUCCUGCGUUCCAUUGAACUUCUUGUUUGGGAUGACGAGGGUGGCUAUCAUGGUGGACGCGUCACUAGCUUGCCGGCUUGGGUUAGAGAGGAGGAUCGCCUACAAAUUGGAGAUGGCCUUGCUGGAUGAUCUGCUUAUACCUUCCCUUCAAACAGGGGAUUCCUUGUUUGAUGUUGAUACCAUUCAUCGGAUUCUUGUUCAGUUCUUGCAUCGGAUCGAGGAGGAGGAGGAGGAAGACGAAGACGAAUGUGGUGGGUAUGAAUCGGAGGAGAUUGGGUCUGCGGGGCAUGGAUGCUUGUUGAAAGUUGGGAGGCUUGUUGAUGCAUAUCUAGCUGAGAUUGCUCCUGACCCUUAUUUGAGCCUUGACAAAUUCAUUGCUAUGAUUGAGGUGCUGCCUGAUUAUGCUCGUGUCAUUGAUGAUGGUCUUUACAGGUCCAUCGACAUCUACUUAAAGUCACAUCCGAUGCUGAGUGAGCACGAGUGCAAGAAGCUAUGCAAGUUGAUCGACUGCCAGAAACUGUCGCAAGAAGCGUGCAACCACGCUGCCCAGAACGAGAGACUCCCGGUGCAUUUGGUGGUGAGGGUUCUAUACUUUGAGCAGCUCCGGAUGAAGAAUGCUCUGUCGGGGAGCUGUGGAGACGGGCUGCUGUCGCAGAAGAUGAGCAGCAGCGGGGUGGCCAGCGCUGCCAUGUCCCCACGAGACACGUAUGCCUCGUUGAGGAGGGAGAAUCGGGAGCUGAAGCUGGAGAUAUCGAGGAUGAGGGUGAGGCUGAGUGAUCUGGAGAAGGAACAGGUGGUGAUGAAGCAGGGGAUGAUGGAUAAGUCUAGGCAGCAGGGUAACACUUUGUUAACCUCCAUAUCUAAAGGGAUUGGUAGGAUUGCUAUACUGAAACAACACAAGAUCAAACCAACUGAACCCAAAAUUUCUAGAAGGAGUAAGAGGCUCUCUCUCUCCUAGUCUUUUGCUGAUGAUAUAUAUAUAUAUUGGCACUCAUUUAAUUUAAGUGCAAAAA